AUGGCUGACAGCGAAUCGGAUACUAGCCCGCAGAGUGAACAAAUUAAGACUUUGCCGACAGGUCCUAGGGUAGUGACAAUUUACAAAACAGAGACCGGCUUUGGUUUUAAUGUCAGAGGCCAAGUAAGUGAAGGUGGGCAGUUGCGGAGCAUCAAUGGUGAAUUAUAUGCACCUCUUCAACAUGUCAGCGCAGUUCUGGACGGCGGAGCUGCGGAGAAGGCUGGAAUUCGGAAGGGGGAUAGAAUUCUUGAAGUAAAUGGGGUGACUGUGGAAGGGGCAACACAUAAGCAAGUUGUGGAUCUAAUUAAAUCAGGGGGAGAUGUUCUCACACUCACAGUCAUAUCAGUUACUCAGCAAGAGGCAGAGAGACUGGAGCCAGCAGAGGAUCCGACAGGUUAUACGUACAUUGACUACAGUGAGAAACGAUCUCUACCCAUCUCCAUUCCGGACUAUCACUACUCAGAGAAAGCAGGCGAGCGAUAUGUGGUUUUCAAUAUUUACAUGGCUGGACGCCACCUCUGUUCGAGGAGGUAUAGGGAAUUCUCUAACCUACAUCUUAACCUAAAGAAAGAAUUCAUUGGCUUUGAUUUUCCUAAACUGCCUGGGAAGUGGCCUUUCACGUUGAGUGAACAGCAACUAGAUGCAAGGCGCCGAGGCCUGGAACAGUACCUGGAGAAAGUGUGUGCAGUUCGUGUCAUUGCCGAGAGUGACAUCAUGCAGGAGUUCCUCACUGAUCCAGAUGAUGAGCAGGGUAAUGUGUCCCCAGUAGACGUGAAAAUUCUGCUACCUGACCGAGAAGUUGUCACCGUUACCGUCCGCAAGAACUCAAACGCUGAAGAGGUGUAUGCAGCUGUCAUUGAUAAGAUUAGAAUGAACAGGAACACUGCAAAAUACUUCUAUCUUUUUGAAAUUGUUGAAUACAAUUUUGAAAGAAAACUCCAAGCCACAGAGUAUCCUCAUAAUCUAUACAUCCAGAACUACAGUACGGCAACAUCUACGUGUUUAGCUGUACGAAAAUGGCUGUUCUCCCUAUCCAGGGAGCUUAGUCUUGCUUCUGAUGAUCAAGCAAUGACAUUCAUCUUUUGGCAAGCUGUAGAUGAUGUAAAUCAAGGGCAUAUUAGAGCUGAUGACAGGCUAUAUCAACUGAAAGCUCUUCAGGAUGCAUCAAGAAAAAAUGAGUAUCUAAGGCUGGCACGCGAACUCACAGGUUAUGGGACGAUAGUAUUUCCGCAUUGUUGCUGUGAUUCUCGUAAAGAAGGACAUGUAAUUGCUUCAGUUGGAGCUGCUAGCUUUAAGUUACAAGCCUGCAGAGAGGAUGGAGCACUCGAGUCUCAAGUGGUGGAAUUUGCAUGGCCAAGCAUUAAAGAGUGGGAAGUAGAUGAUGAAGCUAUGGCUUUCUGCUUCCAGUACCAGCGUCCUGAGAAGAACCCACGCUGGGUGAAGAUUUUUACACCUUAUUACAUCUUCAUGUCCGAUUGCUUUGAGAGGAUACUGGAAGAGAACAAAUGGAUAGACACGGGUGAAUGACAGCAAGCAGUUCACUAGUUCCUGAGUGGUACUCUACAUUACUCCCAGUCAUUUGUUAGGUCACAUGUGCGAUCACUACCCAUCUGCCUGCCAAACUGACCUCAAGAGCGCACUUCUCCACGUUCGACUAAUAGGACAUCGUUUAGUAUAUUCUCACGCCCGACAAACUUGCAUAUUGCGAACACCCUGACCUUUCGCCCACAUUCAGAUUUUCCCUUCUUGGUGAAACUCUUCUAGUCUCAAUAUUAUGAGAUUAAGAAUUGCGCAGGCCAUGCUAACCUUUCCAGUUCAUAGGACUGAUUUGGUGGUUCCAUAUAACAGCAUUCAGCCCAUUUUUAUCAUGAAUAACUCUUGGAGUGAAAUUCAGAUUUACAUUCUAUUGCAUUUUUCACAAGGGCAGACUGCUUGAUGCUGAAACGACAGUUUGUGUCACAUCCAAAUUAUAACUGAUCUUGUCAGUCCCAUUGGUUGUGCCAUAACUGUAGGGCAACACAUAAUUAUGAGCAAAAAUAUUAGCACACCCACGCUAUAAAGAAAUAUUCAUACAUCAGCAUGGGCUUCAUGACAGAAGAGGCACCCAGAAAUUGAAAGAAAAGAUGAAUAAAUUACUACUGCAACAACAAGUCUUGUGAGAAUAAUGUGCCUGCACAGAGUGAAGUGCUUGCUAUGCCAACGUUCAAUGUUCGGAUGAAACUGCGUUAUUUCAGAUCUUUCUAUCCCUUGUUUCUAAUUUUGAACAUUCUUUUUUACAUAACUGGAAAAAUAAGGCAUCCACUAUAACAAAUUUAAUAGAGUAUAUCAGAUUCAAUAUAUGACCUUACAUGUUCUGGCUCCUUGUGGCUAUCCUCACAGGAACUGCAAUAAAAGGAAAUUAGCUUUACACUUUCUGGAAAUCUUAAAAUAUGUUUCAUACAAGUUAUAAUUUUCUUAUAAAAAUAGUGUUGUGUAAAAAUUUUUGGAGUAAGAUUAUAGUUUGUUAGGUCUUUCUUGUAUACAGCAUAAAAGCAUUGCUGCACAUCAUAUCUUAGGUUUUUCUUGUGUGAUAUUCAGCCGUUUAUGUUAUUGUUUAUUAAUAACGUUUGCAAGUAUAAUAUGGAAAAGGUGUUUUACUAUUCAUCAUACGAUGUUGUCAAACGUAGGCAUAAUAUACUCGUAAUUAAUAUAGAUGAGUAGUAAAUUUGAUACCUGAUAUCCAUGUUGGUUGGGUUUAGUAUCAGCUUCUAUUCUGGAGUUUACGAUGUCGAUGUUGUGUGGAGGGUGGGUUUAUAUAAUGUUGGUUGUAUUGACAAAUCUCAUGGUAAUGUAUGGUUCUACCUAAGAAUUAUAACUAUGAAAUAUAAAAUUUACUAUAACAAAGAGAACCCAAUAAAAGGUGGAUGCAAAUAUAACACAGAAACACCACCUUCAAAUGACAUUAAAAAUUUGGGAAUGGAAACUGAAAAACACUAUAUAAUUAAUAGAUGAAAAUCAGCAACAAGCCAUUAGAUUCCUAGGGAAAACAGUGUAUGAAAUAUAACAAAACAGUACAAAACAAAUUUACUACAUUAACAACAGUCAAAUAAAACAAAUGAAAGAGAAUAAUAUAAGAAUAACAGAAGCAGAUGCAGGUGGAAGAAUAAUUAUAAUAAGUAAACACAACUUACAAGAUGAAGUAACUCAGUUCAUUAACAACAAUCAAA